AUGUUAUCUAGAGGCACGGAAAACGUCUUUGAUUGUGUCUUGCCAACGGAAGUUCAACACGUCAUAGUCACUACUCAGCGUGUUUUUCCUCUAACGGUAACGGCAACAAUUCGAAAAUUGGAGCUCACUAAAACGUAUAAGAUUGACUAUUCGAAUUUCAUUACUCGCAAAGGCGUGAAUGUAGAACAACCAGCGUUUUACACCGCUGGUUCCAUAUCUACCAUGAACACGAAAACAAUCUUGCCACCAUUUAAGAACAAUAUUACUCGCAUCAACUUUUGA